AUGGGCCUCUUCUUACCUGCAGACUCGCCCUUCGCCCCUCCCUCCUUUCUGUACCAGGUCAUCUACCACCCACUAACGACAUGGUUCACUUUUCUCCACCAUGUCUUCCUCUUUCUUCGCGGGCGGCCGUACGUAUCACCAAAAAAUAGAGUUCCCAUUCGCGUCGUAUGUCUCUCGGACACCCAUUCCAAGAUCCCUCUUACCGCUAUACCGAAAGGCGACCUCCUUAUUCACGCGGGCGAUCUCACCAACACAGGCACCUUGUCCUCUAUACAACAAUCUAUAGAUUGGUUGAAGACCCUCCAGAAGCCUUGGUCUGGUUCAUCCGAUGGGUUUCGGCACAUUGUCGUCGUGGCAGGGAACCACGACAGUUAUUUCGACGAGCGAAGCCGAAGUCUCCAUGAUCAAAGGAAUACGCGUCGCACACUCGACUGGGGCAAGAUUCACUACUUGCAACAUUCGGCCAUAACCCUCCCUUUCCCUGACGGCCGGGAACUGAAAGUCUACGGGGCACCGCAGAUUCCCAAGUGCGGUGGCAAGGAGUUUGCCUUCCAAUAUGACAGGGGACAGGAUGCCUGGAGCAAGACCAUACCCGACGACGUUGACGUGCUGAUCACGCACAACCCACCCAAGUGGCACCUUGACAUCCCUCAGAAUGGCGGCUUGGGCGACGAGUUCGAAUUGCAGGAAGUCUGGCGUGUCAAACCCACAUUGCAUGCGUUUGGACACGUCCACUCCGGCUAUGGCAAAGAAACAGUGUGGUGGGACGACAGUCAGAAGUCCUGGGAGAAACUUCUGUCUUACGCCUACAACAAACCCGCUGCGACUCCGGCCAGCCAUCGUCUGCCACUUACCGAGCUUGUCGAUCUCCAGCUGUGGGUGCUAGGAGUCCAAUCGCUCAUUGCGGAUAUCAGAGGCGUGCUUUGGACGAGGCUGUGGGGUGGUGCUCGACAAGGAGGUUACAUGGUCAAUGGGGCUUUGACUUAUCAAACUACGAACAAGCUCUCGAACAAGCCUCAAAUAGUCCACUUGUAG